AUGGGGAAGAUGGGGAAAAAAAAAUCUCUUCUAGCCUAUCCGCCUCCACAGACUGGUGAGUAUGGCGUUGGUACUCUAGGAGGAGUAGAGUACUCUAGUAGCCCUUUGUCUUUCUCGGCGGCGGGCAAAUCAACCACCACCACCUUUUCACCCCUGGGUACCGAUGCGUUGGAGAAGCGGCCAGAAGCCCUCCUCUGA